AUGUCCUUGAAUCCAAACCGAUCUUUCGGCAACCUGAGCCAGGACGUCAGUGGUUCACCAGGGGCAAAUCCGCCUCGCACACCAGCUCACACGAGUUCAAUCCGGUCCCUCAACAACUUUGGCUCCUUACGUAAUCAAGGUAGCAGAUCAACUGCUGGAUCAGCUCGAGACCGGGACAAUCGUUCAGUUUCCCCUGUUCGAAACUUUUCCUCCAGUAUUCGUGCCGAGUUGGAACCAAGCAACAAGGAUGGCCACAAUCCAUCGCAAGACCCGGUCGAUCAAGGAGGCUCCAGGCCUCUUGGAGCGAACGAGUUGCUCUUUUUUGACGAGGCAGUGACUAAUGCAGGUAUUGAUGAGGUUCAGCGAGCCCAUGCGCUCACCCUUGCCGAGACGCGAGGGUCUUACCGCCAUAUCAUUAUGAGCGUCGCUCACGCUCAGAACAUGUAUCAGAUGUCCAACAUGUCUGAGAGCAUGUUGAACAUCUCGAGCAAAGUCAAACGUGCUUUGGUGAAGGUGGAAAUCGUAAUUGACAAAGUCGAACGCAUAUUGGAGAAGGUUGAAAGUAUCACGGAUCAUGUCGAUACUCUGACGGAGCUGGUUCAAUCCAACCAGGCUUCUGGAACUGACACCACUGCUCAUGGGCCUGGCAACCCCCAUCAACCACCUACAAAUAGCCCCUCAUCUGACCGCCAUCUAUUCCAGGCUGCGGUCACGACCCAAGCUCACAAGUUUAUCAAUUCCGCAACGCUCGAGUCCUAUACCGCCUUGGAGGGCCCUGACCGAAGGUGGUUGGCUCACUCGUUCUACAAUAGCAUCAAGCAACAAGCUGUAGCCCAUCUCAUUCCGCAGCAAAUAAACGGUGUCACUCCUGUCAGUGAUGCCAGGUGUUAUAACACGGAAGUCAAGAAUGUAUGCAAACAUGUGCGUGAGAAGCUCCACCUCUUGCUCUUGUCUGGAGUAUACGAUCCCAAAGCCUCGGUGGUCCACGGGGCUGUGCCCACUGUCAAGUCUCUGGUACAUAAACAAAAACUAAAAGGGCGACAUCAUUUCUUCCAGAUUGCUAUCAAAUUCCGACAAGUGCCCGAUCACACUGACAUUGAGACAGUGUGGGCCAGUACCAGCGAGCCUACUCGAUCUCGGAUCACUUAUCUGCGUCGGGAGGCCCUUCGCAUUUUCCAAAUUGGCAGGGGCUCAAGUUCUAUCUGGGCCGCUGUGGACCGCCAGCUCCAUGAACUACGUCUUAGAGGCGUCGAGUAUGCAGCUUCGUUUUAUAAAAUUAUAUACAACAAUGACUGUGCCGCCUUUGACGGCGUCAACACUUAUGAUCAAAUUGCGGAAAAUGCAUCCUUGCGAUUGCCAUUUGAAGACGACAUAAUCGCUGGGAUCAUGCCUGCCCUAAUCCCUAACCAAACCACCUGA